AGAAGCCACCUUUUCUUUUUCUCCAUCUCCUUCGUUUCGCCGUCUCAAUCUGUUUCAUGAGAAUGGCAUGGGCUUUGAUUCCUUCUGCGAUCGCUCUUGUGAUCGUUUGAGUUGUUACGAAGCGUGAUCCGGCGAUGUCGGCGGCCGCCGGUGAGUCCAGGACUGGAGCCGUCGAGAGGGACAUCAAGCAGGCCAUCAUUGCUCUUAAAAAGGGUGCAUGUUUGCUCAAGUAUGGGCGCAGAGGAAAGCCUAAAUUUUGCCCUUUCAGAGUGUCCAGUGAUGAGUCUAUGUUAAUAUGGUUUUCAGGGAAAGAGGAAAAGCACCUCAAGUUGAACCAUGUGUCCAGAAUCAUGCCUGGGCAACGCACUGCAAUCUUUCAGAGGUACCCAAGGCCUGAGAAGGAAUGUCAGUCCUUUUCUCUUAUAUACAAUGACAGAUCAUUGGAUCUUAUAUGCAAGGAUAAAGAUGAAGCUGAAGUCUGGUUUGCUGGUUUAAAAUCACUUGUAUCAUGCAGUCACCAGAAGAAAUGGAGGGCAGAAUCAAGAAGUGAUGGAGUGCCUUCUGAGACAAAUAGCCCAAAAACAUACACCCAGAGGAGCUCACCUUUGAGUUCCCCAUUUAGCAGCUGUGAUAGCUUGCAUAAGGAUGGCAGUGAUCCCCUUCGACUUUCAAGUCCAUAUGAUAGUCCACCAAAGAAUGGUUCGGAUAAGUCUUUUUCUGAUGUUAUACUGUAUGCUGUUCCUCCCAGGGGUUUCUUUCCUACAGAUUCUGCAACGGGGUCUGUAAACUCUUUAUCAUCUGGAUUUUCAGAUUGUGCAAAUGACCAUGUGAAGGGCAUUGCAGCUGAUGGUUUUAGAGUUAGCCUGUCAAGUGCGAUUAGCUCGUCAAGUCAAGGUUCUGGUCAUGAUGAUGGUGAUGCGUUGGGUGAUGUUUUCAUAUGGGGGGAGGGAACUGGUGAUGCCUUGCUUGGUGGGGGUAGUAACAGAGUAGGAAGUUGUCCUGGCCUUAAGAUGGAUUCUCUUGUGCCAAAAGCCUUAGAUUCUGCUGUAAUACUUGAUGUUCAGAAUAUAUCCUGUGGUGGAAGGCAUGCUGCCCUUGUCACCAAGCAAGGAGAGAUCUAUGCUUGGGGCGAGGAAUCAGGAGGCAGGCUUGGGCAUGGUGUGGAUUUUGAUGCCUCACAGCCAAAACUCAUAGAUGCUCUUGUCAAUAUGAAUAUUGAACUUGUAGCAUGUGGUGAAUUUCAUACUUGUGCUGUCACACUAUCUGGAGAUCUCUACACAUGGGGUGAUGGUAACUACAAUCUUGGAAUCCUUGGCCAUGGAAAUAUUGUGAGUCACUGGAUCCCGAAAAGGGUUAAUGGACCUUUGGAUGGAAUUCAUGUCUCGUCCAUUUCCUGUGGGCCUUGGCAUACAGCCAUUGUGACCUCUUCAGGGCAAUUGUUUACUUUUGGAGAUGGAACAUUCGGUGUCCUUGGUCAUGGAGAUCGCAGCAGUGUCUCAGUGCCUAGGGAAGUUGGAUCUUUGAAGGGACUACGUACAGUUCGAGCAGCUUGUGGUGUUUGGCACACGGCUGCUGUUGUUGAAGUUUUGGCUGGAAAUUCAGGUUCCAGCCAUUGCUCUUCAGGUAAGCUUUUCACAUGGGGGGACGGAGACAAGGGACGUCUUGGACAUGGUGACAAGGAAUCAAAACUUGUUCCUACUUGUGUUGCUGCCUUGGUCGAGCCAAACUUCUGUCAAGUUGCUUGUGGACAUAGCUUGACAGUGGCACUUACAACCUCUGGUCAUGUUUAUUCAAUGGGCAGUAGUGUUUAUGGUCAACUUGGACACCCUCAAGCUGAUGGAAAGCUUCCUGUCCGUGUUGAAGGAAAGCUCUUGAAAAAUUUUGUGGAGGAGAUAUCUUGUGGAGCUUAUCAUGUUGCAGUCUUGACUUCUAGAACUGAAGUUUAUACUUGGGGAAAGGGCGCAAAUGGGCAGCUAGGUCAUGGAGACACUGAAGAUAGAAAUUCCCCCACAGUUGUUGAAGCUUUAAAAGACAAACAAGUCAGAAACAUUGUUUGUGGCAGAAAUUUUACUGCAGCAAUCUGCAUUCACAAGUGGGCGUCUGGUGUCGAUCAGUCAAUCUGUUCUGGUUGCCGUCUACCAUUUAAUUUUAAGAGGAAGCGUCAUAAUUGCUACAAUUGUGCACUUGUCUUCUGUAAUUCUUGCAGCAGUAAGAAGUCACUGAAGGCUUCCAUGGCACCAAACGCUAAUAAACCAUAUCGUGUUUGCGAUAGUUGCUAUGCCAAGCUGUGGAAGACCUUGGAAAAUGAAUCAUCUAAAUCUACAAUUAAUAGGAAAGUAAACAUGAUUCAAGGGCUUAGCGAGUCAAUUGGCAAGGAGAAGUUCAAUUCUAGAUCUCAUAUGCAAGUGUCCAGCUUUUCUUCCAUUGAGCCUUUAAAGAAUGCAGAGGGUAGAUCUUUCAAAAGAAACAAGAAGUUUGAGUUUAAUAGCAGUCGUGUAUCUCCUAUUCCAUUAUUUGGAUCUUCAAAAAAGAUCUUCUCUGCUUCUGUUCCGGGAACAAGAAUUGCUUCCCGUGCAACAUCACCCACAUCUAGAAGAACUAGCCCUCCUCGUUCUACUACCCCUACCCCAACUCUAGGAGGUUUAACUUCUCCGAGACUUGUCAUAGAUGAUGUGAAAAGGACCAAUGAUAGUCUGAGCCAAGAAGUUCUGCGGUUAAAAGCACAGGUGGAGAAUCUCACUCGUAAGGCCCAACUUCAAGAAAUCGAGUUGGAAAGAACAACCAAACAGCUCAAGGAGGCCAUUGCUAUAGCUGAGGAAGAAACUGUAAAAUGCAAAGCAGCAAAGGAAGUUAUCAAGUCCCUUACUGCCCAAUUGAAGGACAUGGCUGAAAAGUUGCCUGUUGGAGUCAUCAUAAGUAGUAAGAUUGCCGCCUUGGCUUCCACUGCAGUUGCUGAUGAAACUAGCAACCUGAGCCAUUCCUCUCAUGUACCAGAUUUAAAUUGCUCAAAUGGCUUGCCUGUUUUGGAUAGAGCAAACACACUCAGUACCAUAAGCAAAUCAUGUCAUUCUGAGGUCAUGUCAAAUGGGAGCCAACUGACAGAUGCCGAUGCCACUGUGUCUGAAUGGGUUGAACAAGAUGAGCCUGGGGUUUACAUCACUCUCACUUCAUUACCUGGUGGUGGCAAAGAUCUCAAGCGUGUUCGCUUCAGUCGGAAGCGAUUCACAGAGAAACAAGCAGAACAAUGGUGGGCCGAGAACCGGUCUAGGGUAUACGUAAAAUACAAUAUGCAGACGAUUGACAGAGCCGCUACAAGUGUUGGCAAUGAUGAUGGAUCGCAUUGAAAUUACAGGUACUCUCGAAUUUUUUUGCUUGUGUAAGCAAAACAUGAACCAAAGACAUGGUAUUCCUGAUUGUAUUGUUGUAAAUGUCGAUCUUUUCUUCUUCUUUUUUUUUCCAAUUUUUUAAUCUUAGUUCAUCUAGAGAUUGAUCAUCAGUAUAAAGAUUUGUGAGUUGGUGUUGUAGAUGAUUUUUGCUUGGUAUUUGAUGACUUGAGUGCUUGAUUGUGAGAUGUGUAUGCCUCUAGCGAGCACCUUGUAUAUGUCAUAGUCUCAUUCUUGCUGUAA